AUGGACGAAGUCCAUAAGGGAAUGCCUCUUAAGGAUGAACUCUCUACUGAUCUUUCAACUAUCAAAAUUGAAGUAAAAGAGGUCAAAGACCAGCUCUCAUCGGUGCAAACUGAAGCUGAAGCUCCUAGAGCCACAGCUAAUGAAGUUGUGGUUGUUAAUGAAAACCCAACUGCCCAUGAAGCUCCUGAAGCUGAGAUUGUUGAUGAAACCGUCAGAGCUGGUGCUGAAGCUCAUGACGAAGACCUUCCUAUCACCUCUGUAGCUGAUGCUAGUGAUAAGGAAGAUGAUGAUGAAGAUGAUGACGAUGAUUCUCCCAACCUUCCUGAUGCUGGAAAGGAUCUUGGUGAAGAUGAUGAUGAUGACAAAUUCACCAUUCAGUACCAGAAACAUUCCAGUGCUAUGAAAGGAGUCUCUCUCAG